AUGACAAUAGAAUCAGAUAUUGUUAAAGAAACUUUGGUAAAGGUUGCAAAGAUUUGGGACGAGCUAGGAGUUGAUCAAGCUUAUAGAAAGAACCAAAUCGAUACAGCUUCAGAAAAAAUUAUUGAAAUAUAUAAUCACUUAUUAAAAAAAGAAGAAAGACAUAAAGAGGAUAUUAUUAAAGAUAUUAUAUCAGGUUUGGAGUCAUUAUGCACUAUGUCAACAGAAUUGGGUGAAACUGUUAACGAUACUCAUCAAUCAUUAUCAACAAUGACACUUUUUCAAAGAUUAGAAUAUAUAGAAUAUGAAAAAGGCAAGUUAAGAAAGAAAACAGAGGAUAGAAUAGGUGUAAUUGAAGAUUUGGAGUUUGGAAUUGAAGAAAUUUCUAAAGAAAUGGAAUUGAAAGAUUUAAAUCAAACCAAUGUUGAUGAGAGUACAAUUCAAGGAAACGACUACUCAUUAGAUAAAAUUUCAUCACUUCAAAAGAAAUAUAAUGCUUUAAAAGUUCAAAGAGACGAAUCAUUUAAAAAUAUUUAUAAAUUAUCAAUUGAAAUUUACGAACUUUGGGAAGAAUUAAGAGUUUCACCAGAUACCGAAUUAGAAAAUUCAAUUAUUUCAAUGACACAAGCCAAUAUUAAUUCAAACUCACCCAUUUCACUUAGCUUAGCAACAACACAAGUUUUAGAACAAAAAAGAAAUAAAUUAUUAAUUAUCAAAUCUGAACAUGAGUCAAUGGUACGUGAUUAUGCUCAAAAAAUAACAAUACUCUGGGAUAAAUUGGAGGUACCAGAUGAAGAAAGAGAGGAUUUCUUUUCAAAGACUGCUGGUCUUGGCUCUGAUGUCAUUGAAGCUUGCAGAGAAGAAUUAGAAAGAGUGGAGGAGAUUAGAAAAAAUUCAUUAUUAGAUUUGGUUCAAAAAGAAAAGGAUAAAAUUGAAAACUAUUAUAAUCUUUUACAUUUGCCAAUGGAAAAAUUAACCCAGGUCGUCGAGGAAAAUGGAUUAAACAUGGAUCAAGUCUCUGAGGAUUUAUUAGAUCUCUUUGAAUUAGAACUCUCACGUGUUAUGAAGCUUUAUGAAUUAUCAAAACCACUUUUACAACUAAUCGAAAAAAGAGAAUAUAUUAGAAAUUUAAAGAUCGAAUAUGAACAAACUAUUUUGGGUGACAAAGAGCGUUUAUUAAGUAAAAAAUUCGAUCGUGCCAGAUUUGAAAAAGAAAAAGAAUUAAGUACAGCCUUCCAAAAAUUACCACCAAUCGAAGAAAACUUAAAAAAACAAUUAGUUUCAUGGCAAAAUACAUAUGGUCAAUCAUUCUGUUACGAAGGUUUCAACUAUUUAGAAUUGAUGAGCCAACAGUCUGAACAUGAAAAGAAAAUUAAAGAAUCAGAGAAAAUAAGAAAACAAAUCAAAGCAGCCGAAGGUAUGGGUAUUAAAUAUGGUGGUUCAAAUAGUGUAAAUAGUAAUAACAACACCAAUAGCAGUAAUACAAAUGGAACUAUAAAGAAAUCUAAUUCUUCAACCUUUAAUGGAGCCAGUGCACCAAAAACACCAACCUCAUCAAGAGUAUUAAAAACUGUCCAGACCCCAUCAACACCAAAAACACCUAAAUCUGUUAGAACCAUUGAAAACAAUGUUCAAUCUCCAUACUCUAGUGCCUCAGUACCAGUUAAACCAUUAUUAAAGAAAAGAGUUCCUCUUUCACCACUCAAUAUGAAAAAUUUAUCAAAUACUCCAGGUAAAUCAAAUUCAAAACCAUUAUCAGCUGGUGUAUCACCAAAGAAAAAGACUAUUCAAUUUUCAUUGGGUGUUAAUCAAAAUCUUCAAAAUAUAAAUAAUAAUAAUAAUAUUAAUAAUGAAAAUGAUAGUACUAAUAGCAAUGGAAACAAGUUGUUUGCUCCAACAUCAUCACAAAUCUCAUCAUCGUCAUCAUCAUCAUCGUCAUCAACAAAUACAUCAAAUAUAACCUCCAAUAAUAUAUCAUACAAUAGUAUUCAAAGUAAUAAUACACCUUUUUCAACACCAAUGAUAAACCCUUUUAAAACCACCACAAACAAUAACUAUUUUGCAAAUAAUGAUUCAAUGAUGAUCGCAAAUAAUCAAUAUAACGACGACAUGAUUAUGAAUGAUACUAUUGAUCCUUCUUCAAUGAUAUAG